GAACGCUGCUACUUUUAUUAUUAUUAAUCGUCUACCGAGUGGUUGACCACUGCUCGUCUUGUUUUGCACUCCGCCACUCCUUUCAGAAUCUCAUGCCAAAUCAUCCUGUCAAUUGUUUAUAUGAUUGAUGAGGUAAUGUGCUCAUCGAUUUGUUUCCUCAACAAAACGUAACGAUACAUCACCGAGCGUAUAUGUGCAAAUACUGUCGAUAUUUCAAGGAAAUGCAGAUGCAUAUAUACGCACGAUGCCUCGACCUCUCGGGAUGUUUUCACCUGGGUGCCUCAGGCACUUUACCCCAAUCCGAAUGCCGCUGUCUGGGGAUCUCUUACCCCUCCUUGUGAUAAAGCUCCGAAUUUCUUAUCAUCUCUAUCUAUUACCUCACUACAAUAAUCCGAUAACACGCAUCUAUUUGCCUAGGUACUUUGAAACAGAACGUUGUGAUCUUCAUGAUCUAUAUACAUUCUUUCCACAUCGCAGCAGCUUUAUCCAAUAAAACAGGGCUUCUUUCUGUUAUACACCGCACCAUAAUCUAUGAUGUGAUGGACUUCCUAUCAUAGUUACACCAAAAACCGUUUAUCUCUGCAUCAUGCAGAUUUCCAUGGGAAAUAUCUUCUAGAUUCUGCAUACUCUUCACCCAACCAUCAUUUGCUCUGGCUGGCCGCUGGGGCCGGUUUACAUAACGAGAAUAUAAAAGCAUUAUCCAUCAGCACUGAUUUCAUUAUUCACGAUUGCUAUCAUGUAUGUUGCCGGCCAGAUAACCAUUAUGCAAUUUAUCAGCAUUGGUCUAUCGACCCUUGACGGGAUAAGGGCAUACGUAGGAAUCAAGCCAAUUGUUAUAAGAUAAUUGACAUUUUGAUCUACGAGGCAUUGGGGUCUUGCCAGCGCAGAACGUCUAUAAAAGCUCACGAGAACCUCUGCGUCUCCCAUUCUCAUCUCAUUUCUAUCAAUUGUGCAAUUUCAUUCUUCACAAUGUUGACCAGCAUCCUCACCGUUGCAGCAUUAUGUGCAAGUGCACUCGCGCAUGCCGAGCAUGAACAUCAAGUUCCAAUUGCUGGACCACACAAAUCACUUUGGUAUAACACUUUACCGGGAGAUGGAGGAACUCAAGCCGACUCGGUGUUCUCGGGCAUCUCAACGUUUGGCAGAUUGCCAUACUCUCCAUGCCUAGCAACAGAUGAUGUGAAGUAUGACAUUGCCUUUAUUGGAGCUCCGUUUGACACCGGAACUUCGUACCGACCGGGAGCUCGAUUCGGCCCAUCGGGAAUUAGGCAAGGCUCAAGACGUUUGAAUCUUUAUGGAGGAUACAACGUUCCUCUAGCCACCAAUCCUUUUGACAGUUGGGCAACUGUAAUUGACUGUGGAGAUAUUCCCGUCACAUCCUACGAUAAUUCAUGGGCCCUUCAUCAAAUCGAAGAAGGCCAUAAUUCCAUUCUCUCGCGUGCCCCCGCAACCGAUGCCAAGAAACUUGGACCAGCCAAAAAUGGUAAAACUCUUCCAAGGGUAAUCACCUUAGGGGGAGACCAUACAAUUACUCUUCCUCUUCUUCGCUCCAUCAACCGUGCCUAUGGUCCCGUUUCAGUCAUUCAUUUCGACUCCCACCUUGACACCUGGAAACCUAAAGUAUUUGGUGGAAGUCCAUCAAAAGUUGCUUCUAUUAAUCAUGGUACUUACUUCUAUCAUGCUGCACAAGAGGGGUUGCUUGCAAAUGAUACAAACAUCCAUGCGGGUAUCAGAACUACUCUGAGUGGCCCUAGUGACUAUGAAAAUGAUGGGUAUUGCGGUUUUGAAAUCGUAGAAGCGAGAGAAAUCGACACGAUUGGCAUGGAUGGUAUCAUCAAGAAAAUCCGUGAGCGUGUCGGACUGGAGAAUCCUGUUUAUCUAUCUAUUGACAUCGAUACUCUCGAUCCUGCUUUUGCACCCGCAACAGGAACUCCAGAAACUGGAGGAUGGUCUACUAGAGAACUUAGAACCAUUUUAAGAGGACUAGAGGGUAUCAAUUUAAUAGCAGCGGAUAUUGUCGAAGUAGCCCCAGCUUACGAUACGAAUGCGGAACAUACUACUAUGGCAGCAGCAGAUGCGCUCUAUGAAGUUCUUAGUUUGAUGGUUAAAAAAGGGCCAUUGAGUAUGAUGAUGGAGAAUGUUAUAGAGGACAAGGUCGAGAUUUAAGAGAGUCAUUCAUCAAGGUUUCAAUGCCAUCAAAUUCAACAACUGGUCUCUAUGGUAAGGUUGAAUGUCUUUGGGGUUUUUGCAGAUUUUACAAUAGGCGCUGUCAUGCAGUUUUAAAACCACGCAACAUCAAUUGAGGAAAUAAGAAAUAAAUGAAAAUUACAUUACAGAUUUUGCA